UGUAUAAUAUAUAUAAAAAAAAAAACCGAAUUGGAUUUCGGUUGACCAUAAGAGUCCGAAUAACGAGGAAUUAUAGUCCACGCCUAUUUGUCUUCCUCUUGAGAAUGUCAUUAUUAUUUAUAUUACUAUCUAAUACAGGCUUGAUGGUUUAACUACGCAACGACGUUAUUAACUUAUACAAAGAUAUAAAAGCGUGACUAUCGUUUUCACAUGGGCUACGGGAUGUUUAUAUUUUAUUUACCUACGGUAAUAAAAUGCGACACGCAGUGAUUGCGGCAUUGUCGGUGGCCGUUGUCGUUGGGAAUUGACCGAGAAAUCGAACGUGCCUCUGUACGAGGGUACUGAGCUGCCAGGUACACAUCAGCGGAUUUUUUUUCAUGUGUUGAUAAUGUAACGGUGAUGAAUAUCAUGAACAAACGGAGAGACAAUUCCUGAUAUUGUUACGGGUGGAAAUUAAUAUAUCAGAGUUUGAUUGACGAGGAAGCUGGGAUUUAAGUACAAGAUGCCGGAGAAGGAGGUGGCCUACCACCAGGAGGCCUUCUCCCUGCUGCCGCCGGCACCCCCGCCGCACCACCCCCACUCGGCCUUCCAUGCGGCCUUUCACCCUCAUCCGCAUCACGGGCCGCCUCCACCGCCGUUUCAUCCGCAUCAUGGACCGCCCCCGCCACCCCAUCCUGCGGUCACCGCCGCCUGGGAACAUCACGCGGCCGCCGCCGCCGCCGCUGCUGCCGCUUUUCAUGCUCCACCGCCGCAUCCACUAACAGGAGGCUCUCCAGCGAUCGGUAGUGCAGGCAGUCCAGGGUGUGGAACGCCAGGUGGAAACGCCGGAAGUGGUGAUCCGGGUUCCGGAACUCCCGGAGUAAACGGUUCUGCGACCGGUGAUUUUUUCCGUCGUAGUCACCCACUUUCGGACCAUACGCCGUUGCAUCCAGCCUACCGUAUUAACUACAUGGACCACAUUUACCACCAGAUACAGGCCUCUUCUCACAGUCCCAACGCCUCAUUACACGGGCUGGGUGGAUUGGGGCCAGAGUAUCUACUUCACGCGGCUGGACCAGCGAGUACUCUAGCUUCUUCAGAGUUUCCUUUUUCCAUCGAUGGUAAGAGUCCAGCGUCAUCGCGACUGGGCAGUCCAAGAGCAUCAGCAAUAAGGGCCAGCCGUAAGCGCGCAUUAAGCAGUUCCCCGUACUCAGAUCGGUUUGACAUUGACAGCAUGAUCCGAUUUAGCCCGAACAGCUUGGCGUCGAUCGUCAACGGAUCGAGAAGUAGCAGCGCCAGCGGCAGUUACGGACACCUUUCAGCCGCAAUGAGUCCAGCUCUGAGCAUGCACCCAGGAAUGGCGCCGCAUCUCCAGCAAUUGCAAGCACACCUUCUCCGAAACGCAGCGGUGGCAGCCCUGAUGCCUCACUCUCUGCAGCCACCGGCGCCGCCACCACCCCAUCCGCACAGCCACCCCCAUUCCCACGGACUGACGCCUCACAACCAGCUCUUCGUUCCUCCACACUCGAGCGCGACGACCACCGUCGGGCCUCACCAUGGUGUCCUGCCCUCAAAAACAGAGGGUACGGAGUCCUGCAGAAAAGGAUCAGACGCAUCAACAAGAUCGAUAGCAGCUGAAGCAGAUACAUCAUCAAGAAGACAAACGAAAGUGAAGCGGGAACCAGCGACGACAACGACGGCAACUUCGACGACCCAACCGGUAAACCACCCCCAGGGGCUGAGUCCCAGCGAGGACUUGAGGGACGAGCCAGGAGAUUUUAUAGAGACGAACUGCCAUUGGCGAGACUGCGGUCUCGAAUUCCCGACUCAAGAUGAUCUCGUAAAGCACAUCAACAAUGACCAUAUUCAUGCCAACAAAAAGAGCUUUGUUUGCGGAUGGGAGGAUUGUUCCAGAGAGGAAAAACCAUUCAAGGCCCAGUACAUGCUUGUCGUUCACAUGCGACGGCAUACAGGUGAAAAGCCUCAUAAGUGCACGUUCGAAGGCUGCUUCAAGGCGUACUCGAGACUCGAGAAUUUAAAGACGCACUUGAGAUCUCAUACCGGUGAAAAACCUUAUACUUGCGAGUAUCCAGGUUGUAGUAAAGCUUUUAGUAAUGCCAGUGAUCGAGCUAAACACCAAAAUAGAACUCAUUCUAAUGAGAAACCGUACGUAUGUAAAGCACCAGGAUGUACUAAAAGAUACACGGACCCAUCUUCACUCCGAAAGCACGUGAAAACAGUCCACGGCGCUGAAUUUUACGCAAACAAGAAACACAAGGGCGGAAACGACGGUGGAGGAAGCGACGAAGCGGGAGCAGGAGGCAACAGCCCCAGCAGGAGCGAAGAUUUGCAUCCGAAGACGCCGAGCCUGUCGAGCCCGAGCGUGAAGUCCGAGAGCGAGGCGAACAGUCCUCCAGGAAUGAUCCAGCAGCAAGGCAGUCCGCUGGUUGGCGGAUGCACCGACGAAAUGGCGGGUGUUGGUGGUAUAGCGGUCGACGCGGUGGUUUUCGAUGAGCCCUGGAGCGAGGAGCCGGACAAUCUGGACAUCGCGGACCUGCCCGUCCCCCUGCGUGCAAUGGUCGGCGGGAUGGAGACUCAGCAGGCGCCUCCACACUCGCGGAACCGCUUGAAAGGCCGGCUCAAUGUCAAAGCCAUGCCUUCUCUGGCGCCGGGAGUUGGACUUCGCGGUACUCGCCAGAUUUCUCAAGGCAUCGGCGACCUCAACCGCAGAAUCACCGAUCUCAAGAUGGAGACUGGCACUACAAGGCAGACCAGUCUCGCGGAUCUCCAGCUGAGGCUACAGCCCCGCAGCGAGCCCAGACGCGACAGCAAUUGCACCGUCAGUACUUAUUAUGGCAGCAUGAAGUCCACGGAGUUCGGUAGCAGAAGAAGCAGUCAAGCCAGCGCUGUUGGUGCCGUCAGGAUUGGACCCGCCGGUCCUGGAAGCUUCUACGAUCCAAUUAGUCCUGGGACUUCCAGAAGGAGCAGUCUCAUGAGUCAAAUGAGCGCCACUUCCGGGAGAAUUAAUCCUCCCGGGCCGCUUCAGACUCAGUACAACACUAACAAUCUUGUUGUACAAACUCAAAAUAUGUCUUUGCAGGGUGCUCAAAUUCUUGCCAACGAGUGGCCAUCAAGCAGCAACUGCCUCCCGCAGCCAUCCGGCGACCGUAGAAUGUCAGAACCAACCCGAGGAUACCAAACCCAGCAAAGCUCCCCACCAGUGCCACCUCGCCCCCGAUCCGCACAACUCCCCGAACUACACCCAAACCAAGAAGUAGUCUUAGACGAAGUGGGCGAAGGCGAGAUGGUAGAAAACAAACUUGUAAUCCCGGACGAAAUGGAGCAGUACCUGAACGCAGUGCAAGCCAACGGACAGAUAAACUUCCGCGGCAGCCCUCUCCCAAUCUGCCAGUCCCCAAUCUGCACCAACCACCUCCACUACCCUCGCCAACAAAAUUGCUACAACACCCAGCCAUGCUACCCUCAAUCCCCCCAAAUGCAGCCUCAAGCUCAAAUCCAAAACUGCCAAAAUUACCAGGCACCAUCUCCAGCAUACUCCCACUGUCCUAGCUCCCGUAUGAGCCAAGCUUCAGGCUACUGUCCUCCCCAGAACUACCAGGUCCAAUCCUGCAACUCUCAAAUGCAAUCUAGCCCGGUCAGCCAGGUGAUGUCUCCCGGGUCUCACUACGCAGCCAGCCAAAUGAGCGACCAACCAAUGACAUCUCCAGCAGCUGGAGCUCUGCCUCCUCAGCAUGGAAUGCAGAAUCUCCAGCAAACUCCCGCUCAGAUGACCCGGAACUGCAAUCAGCAGAACCAUCAAGUCUUUUAUCAGUCUUAUGGCUGUCAAGGUCAACAAAUUCCUAAUAAUUGUCCAGCUCAGCAGGCUCCUAAUUGUUCUCCAGUGGCGCACUCUCCCGGAUUGGUCCAACCUUGUGGAACUGCUUUGAGGAACUGUCCCCAGAUGUCGCCACAUUGUGGCCAAGUUCCGAGUCCUGGACCAAGAAUUAAUUUGCAUAAUAAUCAGUGUCCAAGUCAGCAGGGUCAGAAUCAGUGCAAUCGUGGGAACAAUCAUUUAAUUAAUGAUCUUCAAGUGAGAAAUGUCCUUCCAGUAACUACUGACCAGAUAAAUGGUCAAGGUCAAGGUCAAGGUCAAGGUCAAGGUCAGGGUCAAGGACAAUGUCCAGGCGCUACUAGUAUUCUGAAUCAGAAUCAAAAUCAGAGUCAGAAUUCAGUGCAAAAUAAUCUCCAGUGCACUCAAAUCGUACCGAACUGCGUUCAUCCAGGCGUCGCCCACUCGCCGAGACAUAAUCAUGCAAAUCAGCAGGCUCCCAAGGGCAUCACUUCGCUCUGUGCGAGGCAGAAUAAUUGCCGGGUACAGUCCCAGUGCGGCUGCGAGGCCCAAUCUCAGACCACGCAGACUCAGACUCAGUAUGUAUGCAAUUGUCAGUGGAAUUACGGCGACUGCUUCAAUGGACAUAAUAUGGGAGAGAUUCAGUGCAGGGAUAUCAGCCAGUCCCAGCAAGGCUCGCCGGUCAAACCUCCCCAGGGGAUGAGGCAGGACUCGUAUAGAAGGACUCUUGAGUAUGUUCAGCAGUGCCGCAAUUGGUCAGGGACCCAGGUUCAUGAGACCAGUGUGUCUAGCUCUACUCAUCCUUUGUCGCUGCCUCAGCCGCUGCCCGCUAGCUCUAAUAUGGUGGUUAAUGAUAUGACUUCUUCGUUGAGCUCUUUGCUUGAGGAGAAUAGAUUCUUGCAGCAGAUGAUUCAGUAAAUUUUUUUUUUGGGUUUAUUUCACUGAAAAAAAGUUAAAUUUUGGUAAAUUUUUACAACUAUUUUUAU